UGAUGCUAAUCAUGUAUGGUCUCCUUUUCAGCUCUUCCGAUCGGAGAGUAUGCUGUUGUGACUCUUCUGCUAUUCUUUGGCUUGAAGUCAAUCAAAGAUGCAUGGGACCUUCCAGCAGAUGAUUCCAAAGAUGAAAAUAAAGAUGGCUCUGAACUUGGUGAAUAUACUGAGGCUGAGGAGCUUGUGAAGGCUUCAAAACGACUGACAAACCCAUUUGAAAUUAUGUGGAAGUCAUUCUGCCUUGUGUUCUUUGCAGAAUGGGGUGAUCGCUCAAUGCUUGCUACCAUCGCCCUUGGUGCUGCACAGUCUCCAUGGGGCGUGGCAAGUGGAGCCAUAGUGGGACACCUAGUUGCCACAUCUGUUGCAAUUCUUGGAGGAGCAUUUCUUGCCAAAUACAUUUCUGAAAAGCUGGUUGGCUACUUGGGAGGAGUCCUAUUUCUUCUUUUUGCUGUAGCAACAUUCUUUGGAUUCUUUUAGUUGGAUCGUGCAAGUAGAAUCUAUCAGCUUUAUAGCCAGCUUGGAAAUGUUCAUACAAGUUACGCCAUGCCAAUUCAGCUACAGAGCACCUUAAGUAGGAAAUUUGACAAAUUCCAAUAACUAGGUAAACAAAGUGAAACCUGUGAAGUAUAGGUAUUCAUUGUUACUAAUAAAAUUUUUGUGCCUUCCUAUGUAUGACAUUUAUUUAAAUUGCCAUCUUGCGACAACCAUUUUUG